UUAAAGAGUGGCGGGAAGGCGCGCGACUAGUCAGCCGACUUUUUCCGUUUUUAUUCGGCUCCUUCUCGUCUUUCUACCGCUUUCACUUUCCGACUUCUUUGUUACUCCUCAACUCUAAUCGAAGACAAAAUGGUGCGGACGAAAGCGGACAAUGUGCCUGCAUCUUACAGAAAAGCUGUGGCAGCGAUUGCUCCCAGGAAGUCUCUGGGCUCCAGUGCGCCCAACUCCCCUUCCUCUUCCUCCUACAGUCAAGCGUCCACUCCUGGAAAGAACAAGUAUGCCGGAGGAAAUCCUGUGUGCGUUCGUCCCACCCCCACUUGGCAGAAGGGUAUCGGGGACUUCUUUGGCAGUCCUGGAAGGAAGCCGGAGAAGGAAAACCUGAAGCCCAAUGAAGACAACGACGAGGAGGAGGCUGGAGGCAGCGGCGUGUCCAAGACCACCAAAAAGUCUCGGCCGCUGCCAGCUGAAGAAGAGGACGGAGAUGAAUGAAGAUGGCUGAAUGGGAAUUGUAAAUGUGUAUAUAAAUUGUUGAAUUUUAUGGAUAGUUCAUGACUGGUAUGUUUUUUGAUGACAAUUGUUCAUCUGCUUUAUUUUGCUUACAAAGUAAUUUUUGUCAUUAAAAAUGACUUAGUAUUUCAAA